GACGCGCGCCUCUCCCACCGGCACGCCAAGCCCCGCCCAUUCGCCACCCCCCAGAACACGCCUCUCGGUUUGCGCUGUCUCUCUCGCUCGCGCGCAUGCCCUCUGCCGCCUCUCGUAUGUUAAUCUGCUUUUUUUCUCCUCAGUCCGCAUUCGCCGAAGAAGGAAAAAGGGGCGGAGCGUACAGUGACAGCCAAAGGGCGUUUACGACGCGGAAGGGGGGGGAAGAAGACGGGAGGUGCUUUACGGCGCUGCUUAGCAACCGCGGAGGAUGAGGCGGGCGCGACAGGGAUGAUCAGUCCCAUGUGUUUCGGACUGUAAGAUAUUGCAUGUUGACUUAUAAAGAAAAUCCCGAAUGCGGAAGAGGGGAGAAAGGCCUGUCUUCACCGCAGAACUUCCUUCUGCCACUGUACGUUUCACAUGUGUCAUUUCAGUUCCUUUUAUCAUACUUUACAGCAACGUUGCUUCAUUUUUGACAAGCUCGACACUGCUUGCCGGCCUCUCCCUAGCUCCUGUGACUCCACCUGCGUAGAAUGGACCCUGUUGUCCUCAGUUACAUGGACAGUUUGCUGAGACAAUCGGACGUGCUGUUGCUGGAGCCUCCCUGCUGGCUUAACGACCACGUCAUUGGCUUCGCCUUCGAGUACUUUGCCAGCGAGCAGUUCCGAGACUUUUCUGACCAUGUGUGCUUCAUCGGGCCUGAGGUGGCCCAAUUCAUCAAGUGUGCGAUCAGCCAGGAGGAAAUGGGCCUGUUCCUGGAGCCCCUGAACCUCCCCCAGAAGAAAGCCGUGUUCCUGGCCAUCAACGACAACUCCAGCCAGGCCGCAGGGGGCACCCACUGGAGCCUCCUGGUCUACUUCCGGGAGAAGAACUGCUUCGCUCACUACGAUUCCCAUACGAGGAGCAAUUCCAUCCACGCCAGGCAGGUUGCGGGGAAACUGGAAGCCUUCCUGGGCAAGAGAGGCAAGGCCUCCUUUGUGGAGGAGAAGGCCCCCGCCCAGCAGAACAGCUAUGACUGUGGGAUGUAUGUCAUCUGUAACGCGGAGGCUCUGUGUCGAGCGCACUUUCAGGCACAGCAGGAGCCGAUCCUACAGCUCCUGACUCCCUCCUACAUAACCCAAAAGAGGAAAGAAUGGAAGGAGCUCAUUGCUAAGCUCUCUCGGAAGUGACUUGCCUUUGCCCCCACCCCGGUGCCUGACGAAGGGGCUCGAGUUAAGAAUUGCCCUGCAGAGAGAAUUGUCUUUGCCUUUGCACUUCUGCACCGCCUCACUCUCCCGCCUGUCAGGAUAGAGCCCAGUGGCAGGAAACUUAAAUGUCCUCUCUGUGGUGGGCAGUUUAGCUUAGGCCGUUUGUUAAAAUUUUCCAUAGACAGGAGGGCUUCCCGCAACUCCUGCUUUUCUGAGAUGCCUGUGCAAUCCAUUGCAGUGGAUUCAGGAACACCAGAGUAUAUUGCUGCUUACAGGUUCAACAGCCCUUCUCUGAAAUCAUGCCUGAACCUCUGGAAGGAAGGUGAUAGAAUACUCUUAUACUGCAACAAAGCUUACCUGAAAACGCAGCCCCAACCACCCCAACCACGCUGUUGAUUUCUUUUUGCUUCUCCUUAGGAAGAAUUGCAGGGGGAAAGGGCUGCUUGGUUGUAUAGAGUGCUUUGGCUACCUUGCAAAACGGUGCUGAUCACAGAAAACAUGAUGCAGUGGAACUUCGAUAAACGUAAGACUUGACAGCCUAGAGAAGGUUGCUUCCUGUUUCCGCUUAUCCAUGCCAUCUACGGAUUCCAACGCCUCUUCAUACAGACUAUGAUGGAACAGGGUGGGGGGAGACAGGCUUUCCAUUCCAAUAUCUAGAAUGGGAAGAAGCAGAAAUCUAUACAACCUGAUCAUAGGUGUGUUUUGAGUGUAUUUUUUCUCUGUACAUCACUUUAAGCACUUUUGGGCUGGAAAAGUGACUAUAAUGCACACUAAAUACACUAUUUAUCUGGAAUGUAUCGUGUGGGAAGCAAGUCCUGGAGAGUUAUAUAGGACUUCCUUCCUCCUCAGAGUGCCUGUAAUCAAUAAGCUUUUCUUUUCUUUUUGUCAAUGCUUAUGAAAGCAAGAGGACACUUCUGUUUCAUAUACUAAUGUUUGGCAUGGACAGGGCUUGACUUAAAAUUUGUUUUUGAUAAUGGCAGCUUCUGGGUUCAGUUCUGCUUCAGUUGCUGCUUGGAGCAGUUUGGACCUGGCUACUGAAACUGAACUCUGUACAUGUGAAGCAUAUAAGAGAGACCUUUCCCAUCUGA